AUGGAAUUAACAACCACAACACGCACAUUAUCUGUGCUCCGCCGUGACAACGCUCGCUUUUUUAGUAGCAUCGAUGAAUCAGAGCAAGCUUUGACACAGUUCUUCGACUCUGAUUCUUCAUGUUUGCCGUUCAAUGUGAGCAAUGGGGAUUGCAUAUAUACAAAGAAAUUGAAGUUUUGUGAAGUGCACCAUAAGAUUUAG